AUGGAGCCAUUGAGGAUGGGGAUUCAGGGAUUGCUGCCGUUUGUGAGGAAGGCCACGCACGAGGCGGACGUGAAAUCCCUGUCCGGCUGCACCGUGGCCGUCGAUGCCUACUGCUGGCUCCACAAGGGAGCGUUCUCCUGCGCGGAGAAGCUCGUCAAGGGCGAGAAGACGGACGCCUAUGUCCUCUACUGCCUCAAGUACGUCAACAUGCUCCUCGGCCACAACGUCAAGCCCGUCCUCGUCUUCGACGGGCUGCACCUGCCGGCCAAGGAGGUGACCGAGAAGAAGCGUCGGGAGGCCCGGAAGGAGAACCGGAGGAAGGCGAGGGAGCUGCUCCGCGAAGACAGGGUGCCCGAAGCCAGGGAAUAUUUCAAGCGAUGCGUCGACGUGACCCCCGAGAUGGCACGGCAGGUGAUCGCCGCGUGUCGGAAGCAGAACGUCGACUGCAUCGUGGCUCCGUACGAGGCAGACGCUCAGCUCGCACACCUUGCAUCGAAAGGCAUCGCUCAAGUCGUCAUCACCGAAGAUUCCGAUCUCAUUCUCUUCGGCUGCGACCGCAUCCUGUUCAAGCUCGACCUCUCGGGCAGGGGUGUGCUAUUCGAGAAGACCAAGCUCCCCCUGUGUUUGGGCAUGAAGGCCCCGAACUUCACAUUCGAGAAGUUCCAGGCCAUGUGCGUCUUGUCCGGCUGCGACUACCUCCCGUCCCUGCCCGGGAUCGGGCUCGCCAAGGCCUGCAAGUUCUUUUGUCUUACCUCAAACCCCAACUUUUCUCAGGUGCUUCCAAAGCUCCCCUUUUACCUCAACAUGAAUAGUCUCACUGUCACCGAAGAAUACUGUGAAAAGUUUGUUCGUGCCCUGAACACCUUCAAGCACCAGCUGGUGUUUGACCCCCUCACCAGGAAGUUAGUUCCUCUGACACCAUAUGAAGAAGAAGUUGACUGUUCAUCAAUGGCCUAUGCUGGCCCAGAACUUGAUGAAGAAAUUGCGCUGGACUUAGCACUGGGAAACAUAGAUCUGGAUUCGAUGCAAAAGGUUGACAACUAUGACCCAAGGAAGGCGAAGUUAGACCGUAGGUUCCUCGGAAGUGCCGCACUGCACAAGAGCAUCUGGGCCCAGGAUUAUGCGAUCGUGCGCAAGGACCUUGCUCGAUCGGUGCAGCCAACCAUCUUGAGUACAUUGGGAAAGGUUGUCACAGUGAAGACGCCUGCAAAACUUGUGUCUACCAAGUCUUCCCCAUCGCUUAGUGACACCAAGGCUGACUCUCAAGUGAUGGGUAUGUAUGGUGAUUCAGAUGAAGAAUUGGACUUUGACAAAAUUCAGGAGGAUGAGAAUGUUAUGGAGCAGACUCAGUUACAAACCUCCUUCAGCAAGUCUCAAUCUCCUUUGAAGGAAAAUCAGGUCAAUCAGCUUCUCGACUCUGCACAAUCGCCGACCUUCACUCGGAAUCCAUUCUGCAAGCAAGUUUCCCUUGCACCUGGCAGUGCAAAGCACGACUCCUCUGAUUCAUCUAAUCGACAGGCUCUGCAGAACAGGGACAUCGGUCGGUCUUCGGCCGAGUCGUCUCCUCCCACUCCGACGACAUCGGGUGAUUUCAUGUUUACCCCAAAGCCUGUUGUCGCUUGGGAACGAUUCAGCUGCAAGAAAACAAAUUCCAUUUCUGUGUCUUCCCAACAAAAAACUCGCAUCCGAGCCGGACUUUCAAAGUCUUCUUCGUGUUCCAAAGCCCGUCAAGUCAAAUUAGUAGACACCUUCUCCUUCCAUUCUUCUUCGCAGCCGGAACGGCCAAAGAAACUUCCAAGAUUUGAAUCUGAUGGUGCCCUGACCAAUAAAAAGCAACAGAAUGUAUCAAUCAAGGACUACCUGCAGAAGUUUAAGUUUACCAGAAUGCUGUCUUCCAAUGAAUUUGAGGAAUUCACAAGCCUGACCGGACCAUCUGAAGAGGAGGAGGCAGUGGACGACCCCGGAUGUGGACCGGAUGUUGUAGUCGCAUCCGGCUGA